CUUUAACCAUGGGUGUGUAUCUGUCUACGCCAAACACGGAGAAAAACUCUACCGAUCAAGAAUGUAGCAAUUUUACAUAUGGCGCGUCAUCAAUGCAGGGAUGGCGAAUGUCUCAAGAGGAUGCCCACAACUGUAUUCCAAACUUUGCAGGAAAUAAUACAUCCUUUUUUGCUGUUUAUGAUGGCCAUGGAGGUGCUGAAGUUGCUCAGUAUUGUGCAGAACAUUUUCCUGAAUACUUGAAGAACCUUGACAAGUUCAAAAGCAAAGAAAUAGGUCCUGCCCUCGAAGAAGCCUUCCUCGGGUUCGACAGCCAUUUGCUUACAGAUGAGGUCCAGAAAGCUCUCAAAGUGUCUGCAGGAUUAGAUGAUAUUGUUGAUGAUGAAGAAGAGAAAAUACGACAGAAGAAUGAGGCUGAAAUGUUGAGACAGGAAGCUGAUAUGCCUAUUGAGGAACUCAUGGCACAAUACGAAGGCGGUGUUGGCACACCAUCAGAAAUAAAAAAUCUUCGUAAAAAAAAACAAAUUAAUUCACCAAUGAUUCGUGCCAAAAGGCCAAUGUUUGGCCAGGGAGAUGAUAGUGAGGAGAGUGAUGUAAAAGACAAUGGGCCACUAGAAGGGUCAGUCAUCCCACUGCGGGCCACAGCUGACAUCCAAGAAAAGCUGGCAAAUGGUCAUGCAGAGAAUGAAAACAAUCUUAAUAGAGAGAAGGAACAGAGUGAAAUUCUACAGAAAGCCCAAGGAAGUAUGGCAGCUUCUUCUGUAAGUGAUAUAAGAAAGAUGGAAUGUGACAGUGUUAUUAAGACAGACGAGGAAUCCACUCCAUCAUCGACUCAGCGAGUCGAGUCAUCUGAGGCUUGCUCUUCAUCUGUAUUAUCGUCAUCUUCAUCGUCAUUAUGUAGUGGAGGACAAUCGGUACAAAAUGCCAGUGUUUCUAGCACAGACAAUAACCAGGAGGCAGUGACAAGCAAGUGUGAGGUGGAAGAGACCGCAGAAGCAGAUAGCACAUCACAGGAGACUGGAACAGCAAAAGGGUCUGUAGGCGGAUCAUCUAGUCAAAACUCUGAGAUGCAUGAGAGCCCAUCAUCUACCCGUGGAAUGGAUAGUAGUGUAGAGGGAUCCACAGGAAGUGCUGACCCUGAUCAGAUGAGCAAUGGAGGUUCAAGCAGCUCAAGUCAGAUUGGGGGAGGAUCGUCAUCCGGAGGAAAGAAGCUAGGAAAGAGUAGACACUUAGAAGAUAUAGACAGUGAUGAAGAGGAAUUAGAUGAUGAGGAUAGUGAAGAUGAAGAUGUAGAGUUUAACAGUAGUGACGAGGAGGAAGAUGAAAGUGAAGAUAGCGAGGAAAGUGAAGAGGACGAAGAUGAUGAUUUAUGUUACCCGACUGGCAGUGAUCAGAACAAUGAUGAGCCUGGAUACUGUAGUGGCUGUACCGCGGUUGUGGCUGUUGUUAAUGAUAAAGAGGUGGUAGUGGCCAAUGCUGGAGACUCCCGCUGUAUACUGUGCAGGGAUGGGAAGGCUCUGGAUUUGUCCUUUGACCACAAGCCAGAGGAUGAUAUAGAACGUAACAGAAUAGUGGCUGCUGGGGGCAAAGUUACUAGUGAUGGACGGGUAAAUGGAGGUCUCAACCUCUCUAGGGCAAUUGGCGACCAUUUCUACAAGAGGAACAAGGAGAAGGAUGCUAAGGAACAGAUGAUUACUGCAUUACCUGAUCUUCAGUGCACUACAUUACAAGAGACCGACCAGUUCAUGGUGCUUGCCUGUGAUGGCAUAUGGAACUACAUGACUAGCCAGGAAGUUGUUGAUUUUGUUUCUGAGAGGUUAAAGGAUCCUGAGAAAAAGAAAAAACCAUCUGUGAUCUGUGAAGAGAUAUUUGAUUACUGCCUUGCACCAAACACCCUUGGUGAUGGGACUGGCUGUGACAAUAUGACAUGUAUCAUUGUAACCUUCGACCAGAUGUGGAAUAACAACCAAAACAAACGCUCUGCCGACCAGCUUGAUGGACAGCCAGAAAAACGUGUCAAGGUGGAGCAGACAUGAACCAAUGCAGACACUUAACUGUUUGGACAGUUCAGUUUUGUAUAUGAGCAGGUUGUCUUGUCUAGCAACACAUGUAUACAAUAAGGACAUGUUUUCUUGAGACUAGAUGAGUGCUACCUGUAAAAUGCACAAUUUUAUCCAUGUUUAAAUGGAUUUUAAGUUCUAUGAAGAUGUGUUGAUCGAAAUGAAGAUUAAGAUGUUUGUUUGUUGAAAUGUUCAUCAUGUCAGAAUGAACUUAUGAAACAGUCAUAAUUUAUCAGAAUGGGCGAUGCCUUCAGCUAGUUUAACAAUGCUGGUUGUUUUGAUCUAGACAGUUUAGCAGAAAGGAUUAUGUUAUUAAUCAUGUUAUUGUUACUGAUAUAGUAGACAUGUGAAUACAGGUCCAAGCCAAAACUGGUUACAAUAUAUUUACGUUAUUUGGCAGGAUUUAGAUAACCUUAAGGUUUCAAUGGGGAGGAGAAUCGCAUACAUCUGUCAGGGUUUUUUUUUUUUUUUUUUUUUCAGUGAUUUGUACAUAAAUUCUCUAUUAGUAGACAAGAGGUGAUAUAUAGAUUUUACCGAGGGGAGAAAUUUGUACAACUGGUAUUAUUUACAUAGAAAUGCAGCUACAAACAGUAAUUGUGAAAGGAGAUCAUUUGACUUGAAUGGCUGGUUCUGACUGAGGUCACCAUCGCUUGUGUCCUUGACUUGAUCGGCUGGUUCUGACUGAGGUCACCAUCGCUUGUGUCCUCGACUUGAUUGGCUGGUUCUGACUGAGGUCACCAUCACUUGUGUCCUUGACUUGAAUGGCAGGUUCCGACAGGUUACCAUCACUGCUGUCCUUGAUUGGCUGGUCCCGACUGAAGAACCUAAUCUCUUGUGUCUCUGACUUGAUAUGUGGUCCGGCCUGAGGUCACCAUCACUUGUGUCCUUGACUUGAAUGGCAGGUUCCGACAGGUUACCAUCACUGCUGUCCUUGAUUGGCUGGUCCCGACUGAAGAACCUAAUCUCUUGUGUCUCUGACUUGAUAUGUGGUCCGGCCUGAGGUCACCAUCACUUGUGUCCUUGACUUGAAUGGCUGGUCCCGACUGAGGUUACCAUCACUGCUGUCCUUGAUUGGCUGGUCCCGACUGAAGAACCUAAUCUCUUGUGUCCCUGACUUGAUAUGUGGUCCGGACUGAGGUCACCAUCACUGGUGUCCUUGACUUUAUUGGCUGGUUCUGACUGAGGGCACCAUCACUGGUGUCCUCAACUUGAUUGGCUGGUUCUGACUGAGAGCACCAUCACUGGUGUCCUUGACUUGAUUGGCUUGUUCCGACCGAGGGGCACCAUCACUGGUGUCCUUGACUUGAUUGGCUGGUUCUGACUGAGAGCGCCAUCACUGGUGUCCUCGACUUGAUUGGCUGGUUCUGACUGAGAGCGCCAUCACUGGUGUCCUCGACUUGAUUGGCUGGUUCUGACUGAGAGCACUAAUCACUUGUGAGCCUGACUUGAUUGGUCCUGACUGAGGUCACUUACCUCCUGUGACCCUGACUUGAUUGGUCCUGACUGAGGUCACUAAUCUCCUGUGACCCUGACUUGAUUGGUCCUGCCUGAAGUCACUGAUCUAUUGUUUCCUCAAAUUGAUUGGUUAGACAUGACUUGACUUCACAGAUCACUUGUAUCAUCAACUUGACGAGAUGAUUGUAACUGAGGUCACAACCACUAGCUGGUGUCUUUGACUUUAUUGGUAGUCUUAACUGAGUUCACUGAUCAAUAUUUUCCUCAACCUGACUUACCAGUUCUGACAGAGGUUGUUGAUCACUGGUGUCCUCAACUCCAAGUAGCUUACUUAAUUAAGUAUUCAUCUGAAUGAAUGUCGUAAUUGUGAUGUGUUCCGCAAAUUAUAUAUGCGCUUGGAAUGUGGUUGGCAGUUUUUACAUAGGCAUCUCUUCUAGUAUAGUUGUCAUAUUGACAGUGCUAGAGAUGUGACCAUUCUAUAGUGACAGUCAGACUAUGAGAGAGCUGUGAUCUGAACAUUCUAUAGUGACAGUCAGACUGUGAGAGAGCUGUGAUCUGAACAUUCUAUAGUGACAGUCAGACUGUGAGAGAGCUGUGAUCUGACCAUUCUACUGUGACAAUCCAACUGUGUCAUAGACAUGAUCUGACCAUUCUAUAGUGACAGUCAGACUAUGAGAGAGCCGUGAUCUGAACAUUCUAUAGUGACAGUCAGACUGUGAGAGAGCUGUGAUCUGACCAUUCUAUAGUGAGUCAGACUGUGAGAGAGCUGUGAUCUGACCAUUCUAUAGUGAGUCAGACUGUGAGAGACAUGAUCUGACCAUUCUAUAGUGAGUCAGACUGUGUCAGAGACAUAAUCUGACCAUUCUACUGUGACAGUCAGACUGUUAAAGACAUGAUAUGAACAUACUAUGGUGAGUCAGACUGUGAGAGGGUCAUGAUCUAACCAUUCUACUCUGACAGUCAGACUGUGAGAGAAAUGAUCCGACCAUUCUGCUGUGUCAGUCGGACUGUGUGAGAGAAAUGAUCCGAUCAUUCUACUGUGACAGUCAGACUGUGUGAGAGACAUGAUCUGACCAUUCUGCUGUGACAGUCGGACUGUGAGAGACAUGAUCUGACCAUUCUGCUGUGACAGUCGGACUGUGUGUGAGACAUGAUCUGACCUUGUACUGUGACAAUCUGACUGUGUAAGAGACAUGAUCUGACCAUGCUACUGUUUCAGUCAGACUGUGUUAGAGACAUGAUCUGACCAUGCUACUGUUUCAGUCAGACUGUGUUAGAGACAUGAUCUGACCAUGCUACUGUUUCAGUCAGACUGUGUUAGAGACAUGAUCUGACCAUGCUACUGUUUCAGUCAGACUGUGUUAGAGACAUGAUCUGACCAUGCUACUGUUUCAGUCAGACUGUGUUAGAGACAUGAUCUGACCAUGCUACUGUUUCAGUCAGACUGUGUUAGAGACAUGAUCUGACCAUGCUACUGUUUCAGUCAGACUGUGUUAGAGACAUGAUCUGACCAUUCUGCUGUGACAGUCAGACUGUGUUAGAGACAUGAUCUGACCAUGCUACUGUUUCAGUCAGACUGUGUUAGAGACAUGAUCUGACCAUGCUACUGUUUCAGUCAGACUGUGUUAGAGACAUGAUCUGACCAUGCUACUGUUUCAGUCAGACUGUGUAAGAGACAUGAUCUGACCAUGCUACUGUUUCAGUCAGACUGUGUUAGAGACAUGAUCUGACCAUGCUACUGUUUCAGUCAGACUGUGUUAGAGACAU